AUAACACAGGCCUCUAUACUUGCCAAAAAUGAAACUGAUCCAACUAUCGUGCAAAACACUGAUGUAAGCAAUGCAAACAAUACUUUGGAUAAAGAUUGUGAUAAUGUGGAGGUUGUAGUAAAUAAUAAUAAUAUCACUGAUUGUAAUGAUACUAAAGUGCAAAAAGCUGAUGUACAAAUACAAAACUGCGAUACAAUUGAAGCACAAAUUGAGUGUACUAAUGCCAACGUCAUUGAAAAUAAUACAGAAAUACAGAAUUCAAGUGGAAUUAGUAAUGAACUACUUAAUCUGGAACAAAAAGCUCCUUUGAUUGUCAACUAUGAAACAUCUCACGGCAAUCGCCAUGAACAAAGUUCACCUAUUCGAAAUGCUGAAAAAAAUAUAAAAUCAUCAGCGCUAGCAGAUUUCAACAUAGAAACUUUACAUGCCAAUAACAAAAAAACCAUCCACAAAGAAAUAGCAAACAUUCUUCAAAGAGGAAAUUAUAAUCCUCCGCCACCAAAUGUUGAAGAAAAGCGAAACAGACAAGAAAAUAGUAUACCAAGAAAAAGUAGUGAAGACAAUAGCAGCGAAAAUAGCGCUUCGAGUGAAGAAAGUGGCGAACAUAUUAAAAAUAGAGCUGUAUAUCAAAAUCCUCCUACAAAUCGUGAAAACAAUAAUGAAAACUCUGACGAAUCGCAAGAAAGUAAGGAAAAUAGAGAAAACUUUAAUAAAGCUCAUUAUUCAGAUAAUGCAGUAUCUGCAGAAAGUAAAGAGAGUGCUGAACAAAUAGAUAGUAAAGAGAAAACAUCAAAAUAUUCAAAGUCUCUUGAACAGAGUGAAGAGAGCAAUGAAAGAGAUAUAAAACCGAGAGAUAAGCAACAAUAUUCAAACGAUGACCACAAAAGUGAAGUAUAA